UUCCCUGAUGAGUCCUGUCUCUGCCAGUUCUGUGAUCGGUGGUUCAGACCAUGAGUCGGAUGAUACAAUCAUUUUGAGCGAGGAUGGAAGCCCCUCACGAAAGCGUCAAAUAUCUAAUGAUGAAGCAAAAAAUCUAAAAGAGAGCAUACUGAAGAAAAAGUCUGGUGGAGAGGUUGUUAUCAAGGUAUACUCCAAAACUAAAAGCCUGACUGACUGCACCAGACGAAAGAUGAUCAACAUUCUUGUUUCGGCUAUGACAGAGACAGGAUCAUUAUUAUGACCCUAAUAUUGGAGAAGGGUACCUCUCGUAUAGAAUCAAAACCGUUCAGAGGAAUUUGGCUUCAUCUGAGAAAUGACCCACUCAACUAUACUCUGGAGGGUCAACUGCUGAGAGGGAGUCCAGUCCAUCCACCUUGGUUACCCUGAAUGAAGACCAGUGCAGAGAGGCCAUUUCUCUUAUGAAGCAUUCUUCUGAUGAAGAAACAGUCAAACAGAAGAUGAAAUUGACCUUUGAGUACAGGAAGAAGAUGACCCACGACCCGAGUAAAUGCUCCACCAUCCUAACCGAAUUUCCACGCUUUCUGGAUGUGAAGAGCUUGAUUGAACAGGAUUUUGUGCUGCUGUUUGGAGAGGGAACAUCAGCCAAGUUUCUGGAAAGGUGGCCAACCACAUUCAAGCAAAAGAUCAUCAUGCUAAGGAAGACCCUAAGCAAGGCCACUCAGGGAGCUGAACUUCAGGAGCUGAUCCAGAUGGCAGAAUCUGCAGUUGAUGAGGGAGCUGACACGAAUGCUGAUGGAUGGGACGCUGACCUUUCCUCCAUCCUUCUCAUGCUCCAUUUGAUUCCUCCUUCAUCACAAGGCUGCAAAAAAACAGGCAAGAUGCCUGCAUCCCAAGCUGAACAGCAUCUUGUGAUGUUCCAAAAGGCAGGAACCAGUAUCCAGGAGCACCUUGAUGCGAUUGACCAGAGCCGCCAACCAUAUCUUCUUGCAGUCGGGACCAGGAAGAGCAGCAUCCAUGCUUACUUCAUCAUCCUGGACAAGCGAGCCUUGCCGUGCAAGUCAACGAGUGGUCUUGGUGCCUUCGAUUAGCUUUUCAAGACUCGCUUUGUUUUUGGUACUGCCUACAAUAAAAUGCUGCGCAACAUGUACACCUUCAUACAGUCAACCGUGUACAACAUAGACAUUGGGAAGGUUAAGGAGACUCCAAGGGUUGCUGAGCUCAGAGCUAGACUCCUGCACUAAUGCCGAUUAAGUUAUGAUGAUAUGUUUUGUUUGCCAUGCUAGUCAUGGAAGUACCAACUUGCUUGUGAGGCAUCUCAAGUUGAUGCAUGGAAUGUGCCCUGGUAGAACUCUUAGAUUAAAAUGUGGUCAAGCAGAUUGUUGUCGUGUAUUUGGUACAUUUUCAGGCUUUAGGAAGUAUUUGAACAGGUCACAUUCCGGAGACUGUCAAAUUUAGUUAAACGCUAACUUGGAUGCUAAUACAGCCGUUGAUAAUCAGCCAAGUAAUGCUGAUUUUCCUUCAAAUUCUAGUUGUAACCAUGUUGUACCAAUAUCUAACAAGAACACACUUGAUAUGUGUGCGUCUGCUAUUGCACAACUGCAGGCUGCAGGUGU